GGCCGCCGCCCGCGGUCUGAGGAACCUGAGGCGCGGGGCCGCGAGCGGAGAGGCGCCUAGCCAGCGGCGGGCCCGAGGAGGGCGUUCCCGGAGCGGUCGCGGGGGAGUCGGCUGCCGCCCCUCGGCCUGUCUCUGGCGGCUCCCUCCGUCUCCGCCGGGACGCGGGAGAGCCCGGCGCGCGGCGGGGGCGCGAGGUGGAGCCGGCGGGGGCGGCCAAUGCGAAACUGGCUGGUGCUGCUGUGCCCGUGUGUGCUCGGGGCCGCGCUGCACCUCUGGCUGCGGCUGAGCUCCCCGCCGCCCGCCCGCGCCUCGGGGGCCGGCCCGGCAGAUCAGCUGACCUUACUUCCUCAGUGGAAAUCGAGUCACUAUGAUGUGGUGGUUGGCGUGCUGUCUGCUCGCAAUAACCAUGAACUUCGCAACGUUAUAAGAAGCACGUGGCUGAAGCAUUCACUACAGCAUCCAGCACUGAGCCAGCGUGUGCUUGUUAAGUUCGUAAUAGGUGCUCGUGGCUGCCAAGUGCCUGUGGAAGACAGGGAGGAUCCUUACUCCUGCAGACUCCUGAACAUCACCAACCCAGUUUUGAAUCAGGAAAUUGAAGCAUUCAGUCUUUCCGAAGACACUUCAUCAGGGCUCUCCGAGGACCGAGUCGUCAGCGUGAGCUUCCGCGUUCUCUAUCCAAUCAUCAUUACCAGUCUCGGGGUGUUUUAUGACGCCAGCGAUGGGGGCUUCCAGAGGAACAUCACCGUCAAGCUUUACCAGGCAGAUCAGGAGGAGGCCCUCUUCGUCGCUCGCUUCAGCCCUCCGAGCUGUGGGGUGCAGGUGAACAAGCUGUGGUACAAGCCUGUGGAGCAGUUCAUCUUACCAGAGAGCUUUGAAGGUACGAUCGUGUGGGAGAGCCAAGACCUCCAAGGCCUGGUGUCCAGGAACCUCCACAGGGUGGCAGUAAAUGACGGAGGAGGGGUUCUCAGAGUCCUUACGGCUGGGGAGGGGGCGUUGCCCCAUGAAUUCAUGGAAGGUGCGGAGGGAGUCGCAGGCGGUUUUAUUUACACUAUUCAGGGUGACAAUACUGAGGCCCAGAAACGUGCCGUGUGUCCCGUACCUCGCAGACCAUGGCGGGGGUGGAAAUCAAAUACAGAAGGUGAAGCUCUCUUAAAAAACCUUCAUUCUCGCCCCCGAAGACUCCUUGACCACAUAAGUAAUCUUCAGGAAGAGGACGCCUUGCUGAAGGAGGAGAGCCACCUCCAUGGUGACAUUGUCUUCGUGGACGUCAUCGACACUUAUCGGAACGUCCCUGCGAAGUUACUGAACUUCUAUCGAUGGACUGUGGAAACAACCGACUUCGAUUUGUUGCUGAAGACAGAUGAUGACUGUUACAUAGACUUAGAAGCCGUUUUUAACAGAAUUGCCCUCAAGAAUCUGGACGGGCCUAAUUUUUGGUGGGGAAAUUUCAGGCUGAACUGGGCGGUUGACCGAACCGGGAAGUGGCAGGAGCUGGAGUACCCCAGCCCCGUGUACCCCGCCUUCGCGUGCGGGUCGGGGUACGUGAUCUCCAAGGACAUCGUCCACUGGCUGGCCAGCAACUCGGGGCGCUUGAAGACCUACCAGGGUGAAGACGUGAGCAUGGGCAUCUGGAUGGCGGCCAUCGGACCUAAACGGUACCAGGACGGCCUGUGGCUGUGCGAGAAGACGUGCGAGCCAGGGAUGCUGUCGUCCCCGCAGUACUCCCCGCGGGAGCUGGCCACGCUGUGGGAGUUGAAGGAGUCAGGCGGGGACCCCUGCCAGUGCGCGGCCAGGUGACGGCACCCACGCUCUCCAGCUGAGAAUAAAACUGGCCUGUUUCUGUGUGUGUGUUGAGUGACGACACUUAGACACGUCACGGCAGUUAACCUCACUUGCUCUGCUGUGUGAACACGUGACAGGCAGCCCUGCCCUUUCAGAAGCUGUCGGGGACCGGCUCUCCUCAUCCUGGGACGAGGGUUAGCUCUCCCAGAACUGACGCAGCCAUCCUCCCACAGGUAAAUAUUUAGAUUGUGUUUAUUUUUUCACUACAAGUGCUGCGAGGCAUUUUGGUCACAGUGCGUAUGUGUUUCAGACGUUUUAUACCAGUUCCCACGUGACUUUACAGAAAGGGGAUACUGGAUUUCAUGCCAGCCUCACAUGACUGUCUUGUUUUUGCUAAUCUGAUGAGCAAAAAAAUGAUGUUGCAGGAUUUUUACAUUUAUCACUUUGUAAAGGUUAGUUAUCUUUGUGGUUUGGUAUUUACAGCACAUGCCCUCAGAAUGAUGGUAAGAACAUCUGCAGAACACAGGACUCGGGCUCUGAAGGUGAAGCGCAGCUGUUACAUGGAAGUCCUCUGGGAAUGCUAACCUGCCAGUUGGCCCCGAGGUGACAGGCUCAGGUGCGCCCGCAGGCGACUGACUCUCAGAAGCACCUGCCGCGGUCAGACGCACGCGGUCAGACGCACGGGGCAGGAGGGGAGGGGCAGUCACGGUCACGGUCACCGUCAGCCAGGGCCACGACCCCUCACCACCGGCCACAGUCCCUGCCUGGGGGCUCAGGGCCUUCCCAGAGUGGCCCCGGAAAGGAAAGCCUGACAGAUCUAAUGAGAACCUUCCCCAGCAGCGUCUGGAGGGGAGGACAGGUACAGAGAUGUCCACAGCCAGCCACCCACACAAGAAGCUCUGGGCCCUCUCACCUGCCCGGCCCCAGGGCUGCCUUUCCUGACAGUCAAGUUUAAAAGCAAGGAAAGGGGAACCGCUAAUUUUAAUUUGUCAUUAUGCAACAGCAGCAAAUUCCACAUCAGAGGAAUAGCAACUGGAUUGCUAGUAAGUAAAACGGAGUAAUGCUGGUAACUGGUACGGAACGAUGCUGUCAAUCAUGGGCACAACCCAAGCCUUCCACAAGCAGGACUGUGAUGAGUUUGUGUUACAUGAUAAAAUGAAUUUAAAAAUCAGUGUGCAUUCACGGCACAGACAGGCAAACAGAAAGGUGUUUCACCUGAGUCGUUUACGGUGUGAGAGGCAUCUUAUUUCUUCAAAUCCUUGCUAUGCUAAAUUUCAGCUGUUUAUAUUUUUGUAUUUGUGAAUCAAGUUUAAUUUUGAGAUUCACGGUGUACUAAAGAUUCAGACUGUAAUUUUUCUUUUCAGUGCAAAUUUAGGGUAAGUUAUGUUGAUCUAAUUUGUUGACAUAAAAGUACUUAUUUUCCAAAUAAAAUGAAUUCAGUUCGAGUAGCAUCAA